ACGCUUUCCCGGCUUCCCAGGAGUAAAUAUGGCGCUUGCUAGCGUAGUGAAAUGCGAAGGCCUUUUGUGGAACCGACACCGGGAUAUUUUGGCGAAUAAUAACGCUGACUACGAGGCAUUGAAUUUCCAGUUGCCUCCGGGGGCCGGUACGGGAGUCGCCGAACCCGGGAUAGAGUUUCUUCAUGGGACUACCACGCUUGCCUUCAAGUUCCGUCAUGGUGUGAUCGUCGCUGUUGAUUCACGUGCCACCGCCGGCUCUUACAUUGCCUCACAGACAGUGAAGAAAGUUAUUGAAAUUAAUCCUUACUUACUAGGCACGAUGGCUGGAGGAGCAGCAGACUGCAGCUUCUGGGAAAGACUCCUGGCUCGACAGUGUCGCAUCUAUGAACUAAGGAACAAGGAGCGCAUUUCUGUAGCAGCUGCAUCCAAGCUGCUGGCCAAUAUGGUGUACCAGUAUAAAGGAAUGGGGUUGUCCAUGGGAACCAUGAUAUCUGGCUGGGACAAGAGAGGUCCCGGUCUGUACUAUGUGGACAGUGAAGGGAACCGUGUGUCUGGGUCUGUGUUCUCUGUGGGAUCUGGUUCUAUGUAUGCUUAUGGCGUUCUGGACAGAGGAUACAGCUAUGACCUGGAGCCAGAAGAGGCACAAGAACUGGCCCGGCGUUCAAUCUACCAAGCUACUUACCGUGAUGCCUACUCCGGUGGAGUAGUGAACCUGUACCACGUUCGAGAGGAUGGCUGGGUGCGUGUGUCCCAGGACGAUGUGGCCGAUUUACAUCAGAAAUACAAAGAAGAGAGCAAAUAAUAGGCGCAUGAUUGUGUAACUGGGCACCGUGACUUAGUGUCAUGGUUAGGGCUUUAUUUUGGGCAGGUUGUCUUGGGGUUAUUUGAGGGACUUCAAGGCUUGUUAAAUAAUGUGAUAUCAAAGGCGGCAGUGAAGCAAGACCAACUGAAGGGGGAAUUCAUCUAGAGCGACUAAGGUUACUAGUAAAGGUUUGCUGGCUUCAGUUGGGGGGGUGAGAGGGCCUUGGGGCAGACCUAUCUAUAAACCUAGUUGUAGGUUUUAAUGGUCUGGAUAUUUUCUUAUGACUUCUGUUCCCUGUUGGAAGAUGUUCCAUUAAAUUUUCUGAUACUCAAA